AUUAGUAUUGUAAUCGUCCCUAAAUGUUAUAGCAGUUAAUAACAAUGCAAUCUUAUAAUAACCAUUAAGCAACGCUAUUGCUAACAUCGUAUAUUAUGUGGUGAGGUUAUCGUUAUGCUUUUACUUUGAAAAGAAAAGGGAAGCAUAUCCUCAUACCGAUGUAUGUGCUUACUGGGCAACUUUAACCUGUGUUAUGAUUUCGUCUUUUCGCAAGAUAGAAUGAAUUGUUUAUUUACGCAAAGAGUAACGAGUGGGCUGAGAAGGAUACCAGUGGUUCUGCUUCAAAGAUCAUACUCCCAGAAGCAAUUGCCAACUUUGACUCUCUACACAAAGGAUCCUUGCCCUCUGUGUGAUGACGCUAAAGAAACACUUAAACCAUAUAAGCACAGGUUUCUGUUUCAGACGGUAGAUAUCACAUUGCCAGAGAACAAAACAUGGUAUAAGAAGUACAAAUAUGAUAUUCCGGUAUUCCAUUUUAACGGACAAUUCCUGAUGAUGCAUCGAGUUGACACUGGACUACUGGAACAACACUUGACCAAAGCAGAGAAAGAAUAGAUAAGAUUUAGUUUUACUGAUAUAAAGAUUGUCAUUGUUUUGCAUCUUUCUUUUAUAAAAAUGAAGCAUAAAGUCUAGCAUCGAUACACGGUAUUGUCCGAUAUGCAUUUAAAAUAGUAUUUUGGUGGAUAUUUGAUUGUGGAAGGUUUUUUGUCAUAUUUGAGAUUUUUUUCAAAAACUCUUGUUUAAUUGUAUUGUAAUACUCUGGUAUUUCGAAUAUUUGUUGUUAUAUUCCACUUUUAAUUUAUAUUAAUUAAAAUGCAAAGUAAAAAUUUGGUUUUAAUUUGCAUUUCUAAUAAAUGGCCUUGCCCUGCACAAUAAUU